AGAACUGAGAACUGAUUUCCAUGGAUAUUAAACAGUUUGUGUCAUGGAGUGCAACAUUAUCUCAAUUUGGGCUUCUUUCGACUGGAAUACAAGUCUGUUCAAAAAUUAAACAACAAGGCAAUACAAAGAAUAUAACUUUCUUCCCAUUUUUGACUACUUGUCUAAGUUCCAUUCUUUGGACAAAGUAUGGCCUCCUAACAGAUGAUACUCCUCUAUACACAGUUGGAAUACUAGGAAUUGUAUUACAGUCUUCAUAUCUUCUAUUUUAUUACGUUAAUACAAGAGACAAGAGGCAUCUCACCCAGAGGUUGACACUAUCAUUUGUGGGAGUGUGUUCAUUGUUAACUUAUAUUAAGUAUUAUGCUGGUGAUUAUGAUACAGCUGUCUUCCAUCUUGGAUUUGUUGCUAGUGGAUUUACUAUAGCAGUGUAUGGAUCACCCCUUGUAACUGUGACUAACGUGAUAAGAUACAAGAGCACAGAAUUUAUGACAUUUUCCUUGUGUGUGGCGACCUUUGUUGUGUCUCUUCUUUGGACAAUAUAUGGACAACUAGUCCAAGAUAAUUUCAUUUUGGUUCCCAAUGGAAUUGGUGUAAUCUUAGGAUCAGUACAACUGCUUCUUUUUGUGUUUUAUCCAAGCACUUCACAAAGAACAAUAACUUAUAACAUGAGGUCACAACCUGUCAAACCAGUUUAGAACAACUCAAGGUUUACAAUAAUCAAGAAGAACAAGAUUGACAUACAUACUUAAAAUCAUGUUGUUCAAAAAAAAAUAUCCAUACAUACCCUCCCCACAGAAGAGUUUUUG